AUGAGCUGGAUCGUUCGUUUAAAACUUGGGAAUCAUUUGAAACUUUUGAAAACACAAAAUGUAUGUCCAUUUGCAGAGAAAACAGUAAUUGUUAAUGGUAUUCGUGAAAGAACCACCAGACAUUAUACAAUAUAUUCAAAACUGAUCACAUCUGAUUUCGCUGAAAGUUCAUCACCUAUCUCGAUUAGUCAUAUUCUUUCUUUCUUCUGGAAAAAAAAAAAAGGAUCAAAAUGCCCUCCUCCUAAACCAGAAUGUACUCCCUGCCCUCCUCCCUGUCCACCUCCCUGCCCUCCUCCCUGCCCACCACCCAAGCCAGUAUGUCCACCUCCAUGUCCACCUCCUAAGCCAGUAUGUCCACCUCCAUGCCCACCACCCAAGCCAGUAUGUCCACCUCCUAAGCCAGUAUGUCCACCUCCAUGCCCACCACCCAAGCCAGUAUGUCCACCUCCUAAGCCAGUAUGUCCACCUCCAUGCCCACCACCCAAGCCAGUAUGUCCACCUCCUAAGCCAGUAUGCCCCCCUCCCAAGCCAGUAUGCCCACCGCCAUGUCCACCUCCUAAGCCAGUGUGCCCACCUCCUAAGCCACCAUGCCCACCGCCGUGCCCACCUCCCUGCCCCCCUCCCAAGCCAGCAUGCCCACCGCCGUGCCCCCCUCCCAAGCCAGUAUGCCCACCGCCAUGUCCACCUCCGAAAAAAUGUUCGGCUGCUGCAGUCCCCUGCCCACCUCCCCCCAAACCUCCCUGUGCUACGCACUCCCCCAAGCCAGCUAAUCUUCCUCCUUGUCCAAUAGAAAAAAAUGAACUCUGCCCAAAUGAUUUAUCUCUAAAAACAGCAAAUAUAUUGCCAUCUUCUACCACUUGUCCACCAUCUAAAACCGACAAUUCUGUCAUUCGCUGUCAUGUUGCAACUCCUGGGGUCACCAAGCGGCUUAAGCCAGGAAAACUAUCUUCUGAAAAACUUUCUUCGUUUUGCCCUGGCACGACUUCCGACAAAAAAUGCCUUCCAUACUGCAACAGACCAGACUGUCCACAGCCGAGGUGUCCACAUUGA